UGUUCCGAAAGCUUUAUGUAUAUAAUAAUCAGACACUUUGAAAGCACAAUAAAAAUGUUCUUACAGGAAGGUGAGGCGUCUUGCAGUUCUUGGGAUGGCAAAGGAAAUCUAACAUGGACGACGUCCGGCUGUGAGACAGUAAAAAUCGACAAUAACACAAUAAAGUGCUUGUGUUCACAUCUGACGUUCUUUGCAGUGCUGAUGUCUCCUCCAGAUGUAAAUCCAAACAUCACAGCUUCGUAUGUGGAAUCAUUGAGCUUCAUCUCUUCUAUCGGCUGUGGCAUCUCCAUGUUUUUUCUAUCCGUCGCUCUGUUCAUGCAUUUCCUAUUACGGAAAGCCAAAUCAAAUCAAGCCACGAAGAUCUUGAUAAACAUGUUUGUGGCUUUGUUUCUCCUGAAUUUAUCCUUUUUGUCAAACGAGAGCGUCGCCAACACAGAAGACAAGGCUGCGUGUGUCUUCAUAGCGCUGCUCAUGCAUUACUCAAUGCUGGCUACAUUCACCUGGUUCUUCAUUCAAGCUCUUCAUAUGUACUUAUGGCUCAUCAGACAGAACGUCACCAUCACAAACUACAUGAGGAAGAUCAUUGUGUUCGGCUGGAGUUUUCCGGCUCCGAUAGUUGUAGCUGUUGUUUCAAUAGGAGGAUAUAAAAUGAAUGUAAAAACUCGAAUGUGCUGGAUUACAGAUCCUUUAAUUCACUACAUAGUGAACAUUGGCUACUACGCUUUAGUCUUCAUCUUCACAACAGGAAUCUUCAUCAUGAUCGUCACUAAGAUUGUCCAAGCCCGGCACAUAAGAGCGCCUGACGGCAAGAGAAAGACGUUCAGAAAGCAGCUCAUGAUGGUGUUGAGCUUGUUCCUGCUCUUCGGCCUGACGUGGGCUGUGGCGUUCUUCAGUUAUGGACCGAUGCUCAUCCCCUCAUAUUACAUCUUCACCGUGUUGAACUCGUUUCAGGGGUUUUUCCUCUUCCUGUAUUACUACCACAUUCACAAAGACAUUGAAGGUAAUUUCUCUGAUGAUCCAGGAAGCUCCGGCUCCACCACAACCAUCGUUCAAUCCAGAGAUAAUGCUGUGGAAAAUGUUUAUAAUGAGCAUAAUUAA